AUGAUGCCAACGCACAACGACAAGUCGGGCGCGAGCCCGACCGCUGUCCACCAACGCUCCCAGCCUCACAAGGCCAACAUUAUCGACUUCACGAUCACUGUGCCGGGGUGCGAACGCAAGUCGACGGAUGAGCCGCCAAAGCCACGAUGGUGGACUCCCGAGUUCUACUUCUACUACCUCAUCUUCCUGAUCGUUGUCCCGAUCAUGAUCUAUAUCCCUAUCCGACUGAGUAGCUCCCUCGGUUACCUGGUGCCUUCGCACCUCCUCCGCCGACUGGGGUACACCUCGGCGCCAGCGCGGGCGAUCUUUAUCUCGGUCUUUGCUGUCGGCAUGCUGUUUGGCCUGCACGGCUGGAGUGUCCUCAAGAUUCUCGCCAUCCUGGCAGUGAACUACUUCGCUGCGAAAGCUAAGAAGCCUGCGACGCUGGAGAAGCUGUGGCCCGGCGUGGUCAUCUGCGUGAACAUGGGUCUGCUCCUGUUGAGCCGGAAAUUCGAUGGCUACCGCUUCAGCCUCCUCCAUGACAGCCUCGGGGCGCUGGAUUCGAUGGACGGCAUGCUCUCGUGGGAGGUCAGCUUCAACUUCUCUGUGCUCCGCAUCAUCUCCUUUGCGCUCGACUACCACUGGCGCGCCGUCCCACCAACAACGGCGCCCACAGAGUAUCGUGACCGCGUCAAGGCCUCGCAUCCCGAAGAGGAGUACAACUUCCUUUAUUACAUUGCCUACAUUCUUUACCCUCCCACCUACAUCGCUGGUCCCAUUAUGACCUUCAACGACUUCAUGUGGCAGCUGCGGCAUCCAGUCGAGAUCACGCCUAGGGAGCGGGUCUCGUAUCUUGUCCGUUUCGCUGGCUGCAUGCUCACCCUUGAAUCUAUUCUUCACACCAUGUAUGUGACGGCCAUGCAGAAGACGCAAGCGUGGCAGGGCGCGUCUGCUGCCGACCUGUCCAUGAUCGGCUUCUGGAACCUUGUCAUUGUGUGGCUGAAGCUCCUCAUCCCCUGGCGUUUCUUCCGACUUUGGGCGCUUCUUGACGGCGUCGACCCGCCCGAGAAUAUGGUGCGCUGUGUUGCCAACAACUACUCGACGCUCGGCUUCUGGCGCUCAUGGCACCGCUCCUACAACCUCUGGACUGUGCGGUACAUCUACGUUCCCCUUGGUGGUGCGAAGCGGGUGUUCCUCUCCACUGUCCUUGUUUUCACCUUUGUCGCGCUCUGGCACGACCUCUCGUGGCAAUUGCUCGCGUGGGGCUGGCUGGUUGCUGGCUUCGUUGUCCCGGAGCUUGUUGGCCGCGCCCUUGUCCCGGCGUCGAAAUACGGCCAAAAGUGGUGGUACCGGCACGUAGCGGCGUUCGGCGGCGCGCUCAACGUCCUCCUCAUGAUGACGGCGAACCUGGUCGGCUUUGUGCUCGGCCUCGACGGCGUCAAGUACCUCAUCAGCAUGCUGCUGGGCACCGGGUCCGGCAUUCUGACGCUGCUGUUCAACAUUGCCUGUCUCUUUAUCGCAGUGCAGGUCAUGUUUGAAUACCGUGAGGAGGAGGCGCGCAAGGGCAUCGACCGCCGAUGCUAG